CAAAAGUGCAUUAAAAAUAUGCGAUAAAAAAGUUUUUAUGUAUUCAAAAGUAAUAAAACACGGUGUAAGCAUCAAAAACUCAAAAAAAUUACUCUAAAUUUAUCAAAACCCCUACUCAAUUCCCAUUUACCCAAACGUCAAAUUAACCUAUUUGUUUACAGUCCAAAUUCCUUAUAAUUCGCUAACAAUAAUUAGCUCAAAAAAAAAAAAAAAUACAAAUUUCCCGUAUAAGUCCCGAAAACAUGAAAAACUAACCCCACAAGCCGCCGCCGCCGCCCUCAAACGCCCCAACCCAACCGACCAAACAAAAUCCAAUAAAAAUGUAAGGUUAUGUCACGUUAUGCUUGCGUGUGUGUGUUAUGAUAAAAAUCGACCCGAACACAGCGACUCGAUGUUCACUGGCAUUUCGGUUCUCACCUCGGCGCUAAAGCGCGCGUUCAAAAUGACCCCGAACGUGGUGUUCGUGUUGGGGGGCCCCGGAGCGGGCAAAGGCACCCAGUGCCAAAAAAUCGUCGAGAAUUUCGGUUACGUGCAUCUCUCCGCCGGGGAUCUUUUACGCGAGGAACGUAACAAACCCGGAUCCCAAUACGGCGAACUCAUCGAAACUUACAUAAAAGAAGGUAAAAUCGUUCCGGUGGAAAUAACUUGUAGCCUGAUCGAGAGGGCCAUGGCUGAGUCGGGCAAGGAAAACUUCUUAGUAGAUGGGUUCCCUCGGAACCAGAACAACUUGGACGGUUGGAAUAAGGUUAUGUCGGAUAAAGUGAAUUUGUUGUUUGUGUUGUUCUUCGAUUGCCCCCUGGAGGUUUGUACCGAGAGGAUAUUGAAGAGGGGGGCCACCAGUGGCCGGACCGAUGACAAUAUGGAGAGUUUAAAGAAGCGGUUUAAUACUUACUUGAUGGAGACCAAGCCGAUUAUAGAGCAUUAUAAUGCGAUGGCUUUGGUGAGGAAGAUAGAUGCCACCAGGGACCCCGAGGAGGUGUACAAGGAUGUGCAGCAGUUAUUUCGUAAGGGCGAGGGAGACAAGUAGACAAAAGUGUCAGUGUAAACUUUAGGCAAUGUCAUUCCUGUCUGGUACAAUUUUGAUGUCUGUAGUACCAUAGUCCUUUCUUUUCUUUUUUAAUUUAAAUUAUGCUUACUAUUGUGAUUUUAAUUUUAAGGUUACCCUCCGCAAGUAAUAUGUAUGUAUAUCUUUGUACUAUUUGAAAUAAAUGUGAACAGUGUCAAGCCAUUAUAACAA